UGCAGCACCAUCUGGAAGAAUAUUGCAAGUGCAUUGCCCCUGACCAAAAAUGGGCCGGAAAUUCUUCGUCGGCGGCAACUGGAAAUGCAACGGUACAACUGAUGAGGUGAAGAAGAUUGUGAGCAUGUUGAAUGAAGCUGAAGUUCCUUCAGAAGAUGAUGUCGAUGUGGUUGUCAGCCCCCCAUUUGUAUUUCUUCCUAUCGUGAAAAGCUUGCUGCGACCUGAUUUCUCUAUUGCUGCACAAAACUGUUGGGUCAGGAAAGGAGGCGCUUUCACGGGCGAGGUUAGUGCUGAGAUGCUAGUCAAUUUGGGCAUUCCUUGGGUUAUUCUUGGACACUCUGAGAGAAGACUUCUGUUAAAUGAAUCUAAAGAGUUUGUUGGAGAUAAAGUUGCUUAUGCCCUUUCCCAAGGCUUGAAAGUGAUUGCAUGUGUUGGGGAGACUCUUGAGCAGCGAGAAUCUGGAUCUACAAUGGCUGUGGUUGCUGCACAGACAAAAGCUAUUGCUGAUCGAGUUUUGAACUGGUCCAAUAUCGUCUUGGCUUAUGAGCCAGUUUGGGCAAUUGGUACUGGAAAGGUUGCUACUCCUGCUCAAGCUCAAGAAGUUCAUUCUGAACUCAGGAAGUGGCUACAUGAAAAUGCUGGUGCAGAGGUUGCUGCAACAACAAGGAUUGUAUACGGAGGUUCUGUAAAUGGAGCGAACUGCAAAGAAUUGGCCGCUAAGCCUGAUGUUGAUGGGUUUUUGGUCGGUGGAGCUUCCCUUAAGCCCGAAUUCAUUGAUAUCAUCAAGUCUUCAACUAUAAAGAAGAGUAGUGUCUGAAAGCAGGUAUUGGUAGCAUCUUUUUUCCCCCUUGGUUUCUCGUUCCAUCACUGGUGUAAGACCUGAGACAAAGGGUAUCGUGUACAAUAAAAGCGUACCAUUAAACUUGUUCAAUAUAACUUGCUUCUUUCAUAUAUAUUCUCAUUUAAGCACUGGAUAAUUAUGAAUUA